UACAAACUGAAACAGGAAUCAUGAAGGGAGCAAGGACUACAUCGAUCUCUAUUUGCUGUAUGCUCAUCCUUUUGCUAGAGAACUCUCAAGCCGAGACUAAGUGGCAAAACAAAACAAGAACUCCGGCGAUUAUCGUUUUCGGUGACUCAAUAGUCGACCCGGGCAACAACAAUGCGAUCGUCACUAUGGUCAAGUGCAACUUCGCGCCGUACGGGAAGGACUUCCCCAGGGGUCAAGCCACCGGCAGGUUCAGCAAUGGCAAGAUCCCCUCAGACAUCAUGGCUUCUAAUCUAGGAAUCAAGCAAUACGUGCCGGCGUAUCUCGGAACUGAGCUCAGCGCGUUCGAUAUCCUCACCGGCGUAAGCUUCGCCUCCGGUGGCUCGGGAUACGACCCCCUCACCAGUGAACUAGUGCAAGCCAUAUCGAUGACUCAGCAACUGAAUUUGUUCAAGGAGUACAAGCAAAAGCUGAAAGAGAUUGCAGGAGAGAAAAGGGCAAAUGCCAUAAUCUCCAAGAGCCUCUACUCUGUGAUCACGGGGACUGAUGACCUAGCCAACACAUAUUUUUCAACCCCUGUUCGAAGCGUAGAGUAUGAUCUACCUUCCUAUAUCAAAUUUGUGGUGCAAUGUGCUUCGAGUUUCUUGCAGGAACUUUACCACUUGGGGGCUCGAAAGGUGGCCGUUACCGGAGUUUCUCCGAUUGGAUGUCUACCGUCACAAAGGAGCUUAGCCGGAGGAAUCGAAAGAGAAUGCGUCACUCGCUACAACGAAGCUGUCCUCAUGUUCAACUCUGUUCUAGCAAAAGAGAUCCAGAGGCUGAAUUAUACUCUGCCGGGAUCAGAGUUUCUUUUCGUCGAUAUGUAUGACAUUUUUCUCGAUAUGAUACAGCACCCAAAUGCUUACGGAUUCGAAGAGGUAGCGAAGGGAUGCUGUGGCACAGGGAUCUUUGAGGUCACGAAGACUUGCAACAGAUUCACAGCGGGAGUCUGUGAAGAUGUUUCAAAGUACCUAUUCUGGGAUGUCUAUCAUCCAACAGAAAGAGGCUACAAGAUCAUGAUACAAAAACUUCAAACAAAGUAUAGUCCAUUCUUUAACUGAAAGCCAGUGAUUAGUCAUGCAUGGACACAAUUAUACAAAUGUAUCAUCUUUACUACAAAAAUAUUAUGAUGGCAAUCUUCUCUGUCUCUCCCUCCCCCUCUCUCCAUGAUUUUGUUGGAUGCUCUGAGAUGAUUUAAAAUCCAGGUAACUUUUAAUGAA